CCUCCAUAGAACAGCGUUUCGGAGUUCACAAGGCGGGCUGCAGGCUCUCUACUUGCGUGACUCAUGUCUUCAAUCACCCCAACCUAAACACCUCGCAGGGAGCGGCCGAGGACCACCUCCAACGUCAAGGACGCGAAUGAGCUCGUUCAAAUGCGCAACACGAGCUCCUCGGUGAUCAGUGACUCAUGCCAGUCGAAUAUUUGACGUCUCGCGUUCGACAAAUUGGAGCUGCGCCCGCGGUCUCGACCCCAGUUUCUUUCUACCGAUGCAGCCACAGAAGCUAAAUCCAUCCCGCCUCGGAUAAAAUAGCAUCCAAGGGAAAGAUGGAGGAAAAGAUCAUAUGAAGACGCGACUGACCCAACCCGACGAUAAAAAGGUGCAUUCUGCUCUCAAUCUGAUUCCCAUCCCGUCAAAGCACUCUCUUCUUGCUGUUUCAUUACUAUGCCCAAACCAUCAAAGUCAAGCACACCAGCGCCCUCGUUACAGGAUGGAACUAUAGUCGUCACCAGCCAGCAAAGCCGCUUCCAUGUAGAUGCUCUAGAUGCACCCACUUCAAAGGAUAUCGACGUCAAAGACCUGACGCUAACUGUUGGGGGACGAGAGUUGUUGGACCAUGCACAUCUUCGAAUCGUGGAAGGGGUGCACUACGUCCUUGCGGGGCGGAACGGAACUGGGAAAAGCUCGUUGCUGCGAGCAUUGGCAGAAAGACGAGUGCCCGGUGUUCCUCGCAACCUGCGUCUGCUCUUACUCGGCCAGACGCGCGUCAGCUCCGAUGCAGUGACGGAGUCUGACGGGAGCGAGAGUGAGAGCGAUACCACCACGGUACUUGAACACGUCACAAGAAGUGACCGGCGCAGAGAGCAGGCUCUCAAGGACGCUAAUCGCAUGUCGUCUCCCACGGAUGUGAAGCCAUCUUUCUAACAACAAUCUAGGUCUUGCCGCAGCACUAGAAGACAAGGCCCAUUCCAGCAAAAUUGUGACCACCGUGCGCUCGCUCCAACUUGAGCAAGCCAAGCAGGAGUUGGCCGAAGCUCGACUAGUAGCGGCCCGACGAAGUGGUGCCCGAGGACUCAAGGCACGACAGAUGCUCAUAGAAAGGGAGAAGGAAGUGGAGGAGGCACAGAAACGCUACGACGAAGGAGAGAGCGCCGAAUAUGAACAAGAUGCUACCCGAAUCGGCCUUGAUAUGCUGGAAGCGACACGUUCGGCACUAGAGGCGAUGGACGCGGGCAGCACUGAGGCUCGAGCUCGAACAAUACUCCUCGGCCUGCGUUUCUCCGAGGAACAAAUUGAAAAGCCGGUCAAAUCACUGUCUGGAGGAUGGCAAACACGCUGUGACCUCGCAUGUGCUUUGAUUCAGAGGACCGAUAUACUGAUGCUUGACGAACCCACGAAUUUCCUGGACCUGCCGGCCAUUGUUUGGCUGGAAAGAUAUAUCACAAAGUCGCUAGCUGGGACCACGGUGAUCGUUGUUACACACGACCGCGACUUUGCUGAUGCUAUCGCUAACGAGGUACUUCUUGUCCGACUUGCUCCUGCCAAAACGCUCGAGGUUUUCAAGGGCAACUUGACAGAAUAUGAAAGCGAAAAGCGGCGACAAAUUCGACGCAUGACCAAAAUGGCCGAAGCACAAGAGAAGCAGACCGAACACAUGAAAGAGACCAUAGCCAAGAACGUCAAAGCUGCCAAACGGACCGGGGAUGACAAGAAGUUGAAACAAGCGGCGUCGCGAAGAAAGAAACUGGAGGAGCGCACUGGGCUCGAGGUUGGCCAACGUGGUGGUAGAUUCAAGCUCAAUCGAGACCUUGCGGGGUGGCACAAUUCAGUGCGCGAUGGCAUCGACAUUCCCGAAUUUGAUCCGCCCGUGACUAUAACAUUGCCGGAGCAGCCAGAACCCUUGCGUCAUUCUGGGCCUCUCUUUAGCUUCGACAAGGUGUCGUUCACCUAUCCGAAGUCAGGUAUCUGGACUUUGAAAGAUAUUGACUUGGUCAUGCACCCUGGUGAACGCGUGGGACUGGCAGGUCUGAACGGAAGCGGAAAAUCCACGCUGGUCAAGCUCUUGAUGGGAGCAGCCACUGGAGGAGACCCGAGACCAACGAAAGGCUCAAUCCUAGUACAUUCGAAGGCCAAAUUCGGCUGCUAUUCUCAGCACGCCGUCGAAGAUCUGGAAAGAGUGGGAAGACAGGAUCCACAAAGGACAGCUCUGUCUCACUUGAUGAGGCUCCCGAACUGGACUGGAGACGAGCAGGCAGCUCGGGGCACACUGGCCAAGCUAGGUCUCCGCGGGAACACUGUGACGGACAUUCCUUUGGCAGCUCUCUCUGGCGGGCAACGAGUCCGAGUGGCACUGGCAGAGGUGUUUUUCAAUUCUCCUCAUCUACUCAUCCUAGAUGAGGUAACCACGCAUCUGGACGCGGACACGAUCGACGCGCUGAUCGAGGCCCUCAGACAGUGGCAGGGUGCUCUUCUCGUCAUCACCCACGACCGGCAUUUUAUGCGAUGUGUUGUGGAUCGAGAGAAGCCAGCCAGGACAGAAGAGGACGACGAAAGCAGCGGCGAGUCGGAUUCGGAUGCAGGGACACCAGGGGUCGUGUACCACGUGCGGAAGACUGGGUUUCGAAAGCUAGACAGAGGGAUGCAGCAGUACGAAGAGAUUGUGGCUCGAACAGUGGACAAGCUUGGUAUCUAGAGGCGAGAGGGGGUUUAGUUUGGCCCAAUACUCUGGGACGUGUACCUGAGCUGCCCAUACUGGUGCUCUAACUAGGUUGUCCAGUGUUCUUCGCUAUCUCGAUCUCGGGUUUUGGUGGAGUGUGUCUGUUUAGUGACGUUACCUCUAGCUAUCAUCCCCCGUGCCUCGCUGCCCACGAGUCCCUCACAACUACCCAACGGACCGGGAUCGGCAGGUUCAU